AUGAAACAUUUUUAUCAUGGUGCUCCAAAUAUUUCUGAUGAUGAUUCUGAUGAAUAUGAUUGCGCAGUUCACUAUUUAAAUUAUCAAGCAGUAGAAGCUUCCUUACAAGGAAUGUUGGGUACUUUAGGUAUUUUUGAUGAUUCAUUAAUUGAUUGA